AUGCCCGCCCUGUCUGCCAGCGCUGGGGCCACGUACGGCACGGCCGAGCCGAAAAGGUCCCAGCCCAGUCCACCUCGUCGCCUCGCGCAGUGGUACACGAACAUUGCGAUGAUCAACUUUGUCGAGUUCGCGGCUGAAUCCUCGCGUGGCGUGGUAUUGGCUACGCUCUUCCUCUACACCAAGUCACUGGGCGGCGAUUUGGCUUUCAUGGGCAUGCUCACGUCGCUCUUCUCCGUCGGAAGAUUGAUCUCAUCCACGGUCUUUGGCUGGAUGUGUGACCACUACUCGUUCCGCUCAGUCUACCUCGCGUCAUCCGGUAUUUGCCUCGUGGGGAACCUCAUCUACGUUUACGCUGAUCAGCACGGGGCCGGCAGCUUGACUGCACUUGCUGUUAGUCGGUUCAUUGUGGGUUUUGGAGCUGGCAACCGAAGCGUCUGUCGCGCUGACGUGGCAUCGAUCACGACCAUCAACCAGCGACUCACGUACCUGACAAUGCUGGCAACAGUCGUGUUCUUUGGCUACGCGUUGACUCCUGGGCUUGGCAGUCUAGUGGCCACGACGGACACGUACAUGUUGGGCAUUCACUUGAAUAAGUUUACGUCGCCGGGCAUGAUUCUCGUGGUAUUUAACCUGUUGACAAUAACGGGUAUGUUGACUGUGUACGAUGAAUCCGUUCAAGUGCACGAUGGUCCUGAGGAGUCGGUCAGCACGAACAACACGCUGAGCGACCCCACGAUUAUGCCCGAGCGUAUUGUGAACAUUGGAGCUGCCGUGUUCAUCUUCUUGAAUUUCAACGCCCGCGGCAUUCUAUCCGUGUUCGAGACUGUGAACAUUCCGCUGUUCAUCUUGGCGACGGGCAAGGACCCCGACAGUGUCAGUGCCGUGGUGGACGCGUCCAACUUCCAGUUCUACCUCGGCCUUCUGGGUUUGCUCACGUACUUUUCGAUCGAGUACUUUCGCCACAGUCUCCGAGAUGUGAGCUGGGUUCAGCUUGGCUUUGCGAUGCUUCUGGGAGGCAAUGUCCUACUCGUUGUGGGUCCCACGCUGCUUUCGUUCCCCCGACUGGCGAUUGCUGAGCUGCUUGUGUGGAGUGUGGGAUGUCCGAUUACGACUGCUGUGGUGCUUGCCGCCUUCUCAAAGCUGCUCGGUGGUCGUCCUCAGGGCACGCUAAUGGGCUUGCUCGGCUCGGCUGCUUCUGUCUCACGCAUUGUGCUGCCACUGUUGCCUGCUGCUCUCCCGUCACUGACUCCCGUGUUCUGGAUAAACAUCGUUCUCUGCGCGCUGAGCAUGUUCAUGCUGUGGUGGUACAGUCGACUAGUGCACAAGACCAAGAUGGAUAUGCUGGCUGACGUUGAGAACGCUUUCCGGAUUGCGUCUCCUCCGAACGACCCGCGGUCCCCGCUUGGUUCGGACAAGGUGGACUUCCCGGACAAGUAA